AUGAUCUUGCGAGAAUCAUUUGUUACCCGUCUGCAAAUUUGGAAAGAUGAAAGUGAGUGAAUUGUUCAUAUUCCUUUCUUGUGUGUUGAGUGCUGUGAUAUGUGUACCGAGUAAUAUAGCAGACAAUGUUGACGAUGACGAUGCACCGAUUAAAUAUGAUGGAGCCCAGUUAUGGCGAAUACCAUUAGAUAGGGAGAAUAGCAAACAAAUUGUUUCGGAAUUGCAGGAGAAUUUCGACGCAUCCGAAUGGAAUACACACGAAUCAACUGUUGAUUUACUCCUACGUUCCAAAUCAAUUAUAGACGCACGUCAACUGCUAACCAAAGCGAACAUUUCCUACUCCAUUCUAAUUGAAGAUUUACAAAAAGAUAUCGAAAACGAAAAUCCACCGAAAGAACAGAUCGAAAUGUUACAAAACCGAAAAGCGAGAUAUUUUAGAUAUUGGCCGGAAAUGCAAAUACCGGAAUACGAAAAGUCUGAAAUGUCGGGCAGAAAUUUACUUCGUUUAAAAGGUGCUUUUUUGGGUUAUAAUUCCCUAGAUCCACCAAUGGAAUUGUGGCCUGAUGCUAAAUGGGGACAUCGAAUGACAUGGUCUGCCUACCAUCGAAUGGCGGAUAUUGUCGGAUAUUUAGAGUAUUUGGCGAAAACGUAUCCCGAUUUGUGCAGUGUACAGGAAAUUGGCAAAUCGUUCGAGGGACGACCGUUAACUGUUCUAAGAAUCUCCAAUGGAAACGAGGAUAAUCGUGCCAUUUGGAUUGAUGGUGGUAUACAUGCACGAGAAUGGAUCAGUCCGGCAGCCGUAACUUACGUCAUCAAUCAGUUGAUUGAAGAUUGGGAAAAUCAGCCAUCGUACAUACAAAACAUCGAUUGGUACAUUCUGCCACUGGCCAAUCCCGAUGGUUACGAAUACUCGCAUACCAAUGACAGACUAUGGCGUAAAAAUCGCGGUGGAGUUGGAAGGGGACGCUGCGCUGGCGUUGAUUUGAAUCGCAAUUUCGGUUAUAAAUGGGGACUACAGGGAGCGUCGGACAGACCGUGUUCGGAAAUUUUCGCCGGAUCGAAGGCGUUUUCGGAACCGGAAACUGUUGCACAGAAAAUGUUUAUGGCCAGAUCAGCUGCCAAUUUCGAGGCAUUUCUAACGUUCCACAGUUACGGACAGUACAUUUUGUAUCCAUGGGGCUAUGACACCGUAGUGCCGCCGGAUUACAUGGAUUUGGAUAGAGUGGGAAAAGAGGCGGCAAAUAAAAUGAAGGGAAUUUCGGGACUAACGUAUUCGGUUGGACCAUCGGGAAGCCUACUGUAUCCGGCCGCUGGUGCAUCGGACGACUGGGCUAAAUCCAUUGGAAUCAAAUACGCAUACACAGUGGAGCUUCGUGAUACGGGACGAUACGGUUUUAUUCUACCAGCUGUUUACAUUGAAAAAACCGGAGAAGAGGCUCUGUCAUUUGUCAAAGUUAUUGCUAGUGCCAUACACAAUAAAUAGAACGAAUGAAAAGGAU